ACAAAAUUAAUUAAAUAUGACAUUUAAUAAGCCAUUCAUACAUUUUUUUGGGGAUACAUAAGCUAAUAGAGCGAGUGAGUGGAGUGUUUCAAACAAACUAACUGUCCAUUAGUCCGAGUCAUCCGCCCUCACCCAGAGAUAUGUCGGGUAUCGAUCCGGGUAUUCUAUGCUUUCAACAUUGUAACUCCCGGUGCAAAGUAUUUUGUCUUGAACUACCCGAUCAUUGCCCGUUGUGUUCAGCAUCCCUGAGCAGUGUUGAAUUGAAAAUACCACCGUUUUGUGUACCCUAUCCGUUCACUAGUGCCAAACGUACCCAAUGUUCGCUUGUCAUCCGACCAACUGAUGGUGACUUUUUACAUCACUAUCAAAACGCCGCUGACCUACACAUAGGACUAACCGACUCGAAAGGCAAUGUCUACGAGUUUGAUAAAAACGGCCUACAAAUGACUGCCGCCAGAAGCUCAUCGACAUCAUCGACAUCGACAGUGUCAUCAUCGUCGGCGUUGUGGAACCAGUGUCUUAGUGUACCGAUUGUUACCAAUAUGGACAACCUAUGGAAAGAGUAUUGGGAUUAUAUUAUACAUAUAACCGCACAAUUGGACCGAUGGCUACCCAACCAGUAUUCAGAGCACCAAAACAAUUGCUAUUCGUUUGUUAUAACAUUUUUACGUAUGCUUGAUGUCAAAGAUCUGAAGCCAUCGUUAAACAGUAAAACCCAGUUUUGCAAAGACUUUAUAGUCCCGCGGACUAAGAAUGCGGCCAAAUAUAUAGCACUUUACCGACGGGUCGUCAAAGAGGGCAUAUCGGUGUUGAAUACUAUACAACAAUGAUU